AUGUUACAGGCCAAAUGGAAGCCCAGGUCCUUCAGGUGCAAGUCAUCUUCCUCUUCCUGCGCCUCUUCCACCCCUGACUCUUACUGCACCUCUUCCUCUUCCAGCUCCUCUUCCUCUUACUGCACCUCUUCCUCUUCCAGCUCCUCUUCCUCUUACUGCACCUCUUCCUCUUCCAGCUCCUCUUCCUCUUACUGCACCUCUUCCUCUUCCAGCUCCUCUUCCUCUUACUGCACCUCUUCCUCUUCCAGCUUCCUCUUCCACAAUCCCAUCACCUGCCUCUCCCCUCAGUCCUGCUGCUGGUGCAAGGCCAUCACCCCCGGAAGAAAAAAAGAUGAAAAUGGAAAUGCGUGUGUUAAAAAAGCAGAAAAGGGUCCUUGA